ACAAGAAGAUGAUCAGUUAGCCACUCUGUGAGCUGCUAACCUAGUCGGGAAGUUGCAAUAUUAUGUUGUUGACAGCUGAAUCUUGAAGAAACGAUGCGGGUUAUCGGCUGUUUGCAGGUGAAGGUUAACGUGUCAGGGUUCUUCAUUGUUAAGAUUUGAGAGCCGGAAAAAUUACCGAAGCUAGUUAGCUUAGCUUCGCUAACGGUAUCGAGGCCAGAGGCUGUAUCGUCUCUGUUUAGUUAACGUGGAUGUUCGGCAGGAGGCUGAACUAAACUAACAACGGUCGUUAACUAACGGCCACUGUACGGGGCAUGCUGUUUAACUCGACGAGCACGAAUAAGAGUCCGUGUUAAAAGUGUAGGUGUAUUUUAGCAGGAGAUUAGCCGAAAAGAAAAGUGCAGCCAUGGACGAUUUUAGCUCGAUCAGCCUGCUCUCUCUUGCGAUGCUGGUGGGAUGUUAUGUGGCCGGGACAAUUCCUUUAGCAGUCAACUUUUCAGAGGAGAAGCUGAAGCUGAUCACUGUGCUGGGAGCCGGGCUGCUCUGUGGAACUGCACUUGCUGUUAUCAUUCCUGAAGGGGUCCACGCACUGUAUGAGGAAAUCCUUGAAGGUGGAAGCCACAGUCAGGGCCAGGUUGGAGUUGUGGAGGUGUCCGAGACGAAGGCUGAAGCAGAAGUGGCCCUCGGUGCCGGUGGGAAACAUGAACACAGCCACGAGCAGCUUCACGCCUGCAUCGGAGUGUCUCUGGUCCUGGGCUUCGUCUUCAUGCUGCUGGUGGACCAGAUAGGAAGUUCUCAUGUGCACAACACUGAAGAUCCAGAGUCAGCGAGAGUCACCUCUUCAAAAAUCACCACCACCCUGGGUCUGGUGGUCCACGCUGCAGCUGAUGGAGUGGCGCUCGGAGCUGCUGCCUCUACCUCUCAGACCAGCGUUCAGCUCAUUGUCUUUGUAGCCAUCAUGCUGCACAAGGCCCCAGCAGCGUUUGGCCUGGUCUCUUUCCUGAUGCAUGCUGGUCUUGAGAGGAACCGCAUCCGCAAACAUCUCCUGGUCUUCGCCCUGGCAGCACCCGUCCUCGCCAUGCUCACGUUUUUAGGCCUCAGUCAGAGCAGCAAAGAGGCCCUGUCAGACAUCAACGCCACAGGUGUCGCCAUGCUGUUCUCCGCCGGCACCUUCCUCUACGUGGCCACCGUCCACGUCCUCCCUGAGGUGGGCGGCGGCGGCCACAGCCACGCUCCGGCGGGAGGGAACGGAGGGAAAGGACUGAGCAAGGUGGAAGUGGGAGCGCUGGUGCUGGGCUGCCUCAUCCCUCUGGUGCUGUCAGUCGGUCACCACCAUUAGACCCCGCGGCUCAGGACGGAGUGAAGACGGGUGUACAGGGGAAAGAAGCAGAAACAGAGACUUCAAACAUUGUGGAUUUAAAUGUCUUAUUGCUUGUCUGCUGAUGGACCUCGCGGACCAGACUGGUGCUCGUUGCGGGGACAUCUCAUGACUCAAAACUGAAUAUGAAACAGGGAACGAAUGAUGUUAGGGAAAUCAGAGUUGUUGCGGUGACGACCAAGGCACACGACAAUGUUUUUUUUUUGUUUUUUUCUUCUUCUUCUUCUUCCUCCUGACACUGAUGACGAAACAUGGUACAGCUACUGUAUGUGUCCAUUUCUGCCACCAGAUAUAUUGAUCUUCUUCUGCGAGGCCAGAGGACAGUCAGCUCAGUUAAUCUAGAUCACUGUGGAGCUUUCAGUGUUGCAUUAUUGUGCUUGUCCAAAAGUCAAAGAACCAACCCUGAUUUCAUCACAGUGACGUUUUGCUAGACGGCAGUUGCACAGUGAGAUUUAGAUAGUCUUGAUCAAACUUGUGAUAUCGAGAAAGUAAAACCUUUUUUUAAUAUAAUUGUACAGAUCUCUUAGCAACAAUCCAGACUGAUUUGAACUGAUUUUCAAGUGCCAUAUUAGCGAGUUUGGAGCAGAAGAAACUGCGGCGUGAGGACGUUACAGUUUGUAGUUUCUUAUUUUUCUUAGCAACACAGAUGUUGUUCUCGCAGCCAGCUGUGGAGCAGGAGGAGGGAUCAGCCUGAGUAAACCAGCCAGAAGCUCCUUACAGUUUUUGCUUUGGUUGGCGAGUUCGUCAAACAUGCGGAUGUUUAUCCUGUUAGAAAAAUCAGUGGUGACGAGCUGUUUCUUGGCCUGAUGGGAAGCCGAGUUAUAAUGGCCACUGAUGGUGUGUUUCUUAUAAAACCACGCGCUUAGGUUUCUGGUCUCGUCAGUUCAAAGUGGAGCUCUGCGUGAGGACGAGACGCAGCCAGCUUCAACGCAUCGCAACAAAAUCUGUCACUUUUCUUUGACCUGUUUAGUUUCUGGAUGUUUAUUUCUGUUCUGUUUUACCUGGAGAGUAAUUCUAGAGAUUACAGGAAAGAUGUAUAGAAGUGUCUUCAGUGACUCUGACUACAGAGCGUUACUAAGCUUCUUUAGAGAUGGAGGGUCAUUUCAGCAGCUCUGAAUGAAUGAGUGACUCGUCCUCUGGAGGUCGUGACCUGGAUGAACUUGUGUAGGGACCAUCGGCUCAGGAGGACAGACAUCUUACAGGUUUUGUGAGAAUUUUGAACAAACCUAUUUUUUUUAGUUAGUUUGCUCCUCAAUAAUUAAUUAUACCUGAGCAAUAAUUGUAAGAAAAAAGAAAAAAAAAAAGGGGGCGAACUCGGGAGUGCAGCUGAGUGAAAUGGCUACAGAAGGUUCGCCUUCAUCUUCAAAGCACUCGUUAUGUGAUUCACAUAUCAAGGUCUGUCAGAUAGAUGCUCUUGAACGCAGCCUUGCCCCGACGUCCCCGUCUCUGCUCCAUUAGAACGUGAAGCGGUUGAUGCAUUAAAAUCUUAAGUAGGCUGCUCCCUCUUCUAUCAGGACACAUGGAUAUUGUGAGUGUUUCUGUAUCACUGUGCCUGCUCACAGCAGAGCUCAUGUGUAUGUAUAUGUAUGUUGUACAGAGAAACUUCUUCUUCCACAGUCACCACAGGUGGAACUGCUUACUCACAAAUACAUUUUUAUUUUUUAACUUGA